CACUUGGCGGAUCAAAUAGCACCUGCAUUCGACCGAGAUCUCUCUUCGAGAUCAAACUUUCAAAGUUGACAACUCCCCCUGCUCGUACAGGCGUUUGAUAACCCCGUGGACAAUAAAGAGCUCGUAUCUCCAGGUGACAUACGAUCAGCUCUCCUUCAAGCAAUAUGACGGCAAAAGUAGAAACACCCAGAUCAGCUCAAUCGGUUCAUCCGUCAGGAUCCCCUUCUGGAGCGUUUUCACCGAGUUCACAUACCAGCGGACCGAGUACACCAGGCUUGCGGCUCAACCUGGGCGACCUAGAACCUAAUGACAUCCGGCCACAUCACCAUAAAAGGCAGCUGUCCGCUUCUGGAGCAGGAUUCCCAUGUUCAGGAACGAGCUCCCUGUUUGACGAUUUUGUAUCGUCGUCCGAGAACCACGCGGGCGUUCAGGUCAAAGGAACACCUCACGAAGCAAGGAGAGACGAAAAUGCUCGCCGUCCGCUGGGGCAACGGGGAACGUUUAGCAGAUCGCCUUCGGAUUCUGCGACUUUCAAGACGCAUAGGCCUGGCAUGAGCCAUUCUUCGUCAUCGCCCCAGCUGUCGUCGCCCCGGCACCUAGCAGACAUACUCGGUGACGGCUCUGGCUCGAUGAUCCCUCCUCCAUCUGAUGCUCGCAAGCACCGACAUCACGUGUCACCGACGAGAGCGCCAACAAUAUCAGUCGGAAGUGCACCAUCUCCCGCACCAUCUAGAUCCAGUAGUGGCGGAGUCCUGGUCUCGACAGUCAGAGACCGGGCGAAUAGGGGUCAAGCGUCAAGGCGACCUGCCCGGAGUGACAGCCUGAGCGAUGUCAAAGGGAUCAGUGUUGAAUCGAAUAGCGAGGACGAACCUGAUCGACGGAGUCAUACACCAAACGAGAGCGCUGUAGAUGAUCAGUACAGGGAUUCCCCACUGGAUAACAGCGCUCGCUAUUAUCAUCGCAAUCCCUACUCCAAGUCGGCUUCGACGUCACCAAUCAGAGAUCCAAGUCUUUUGCUCCCCGAGGUGCCAAAAGGCAACAACAGCUUUGGCCCAGUCGGAAGCUUGCUCGCUCGACGGAGAUUAUCAGACUCGUCAAAUCCCCUAGCGAACGGUAGUCUAGACGUAGCGUCUGCCUCAAAGCCACAAGCAGGGGAUCUUCUCCGGAGUCCAUCUCACUCUCCAACCAGCUUUCUCAAGGGCACCGAUAUCAAUGCGAAUGGUCGGUUGGUCAUCUUGACACCGACGACCCAGGAAUGGAGAGAAUUAGGGUUCGAGAAUCUCCGGGCCCUUGGCGGACAGGGCGGAUCGAGUGAGCGCGAUGGGGAACGGGGAAGAAAGACGAGUUGGGAAUCAGCAGAUAGCGAUCUCACGUCGGAUGGGUACGAAUGGACAGGGGUGCCGAGGCGACCAGAACUGAGGACGACAACAUCCGCAGACCCCUUGGAGCCUACCGGCGAAGAUGUAGAAGUUCCUGGGGGAUCUGGGAGAAACGCGCUAGGCUUUGACCCUGUCAACGAGGAUUUCGAUCGACCUGUUGUUCUGACGAUACCACCACAGACAUCCGGUACCACGAGCAUAUCGCGAGGAGGCUCUUCUCGAGCGUCUUCGAGACGGAACUCCAUGCCCAAUGUGCCUCAAUCCGCUCCUCCCCUACUGGAAGAGGGCGAUCUGUUUGCUCGGCUCAUCGGCAUGCAAGUUGACGAAAGGCAGAAAACUCGAGCGAUAGAGGCCGAAGGUGAUGAUUCGGUCGAGAUAGGUAGCGCUGGGUCAGCCGCUAUGGCCCCGUCUGAGGGGCUGGACAUCGGAGACAAUACGCCCGUGACAAUCAGUCGAAGCCAGAGCAUGAAGGAGACCGGAGAUGGUCCGAAAAGGAAAGAGAAGGAGAGGGAACGUUUGUUCCGCUUGGUCGGCGAAGAUGUCGAAAAGAAUGGCAUACAAAAACCUCUGGGAGGAUGGGGUAUCAAGCAGAUCGGCACGCGAGGGGGUCUGUCAGCUCUUUCGAGUCCGGGUACUCCUCCAGCCAAUGACGCUACUGCUUCAUCACGUGCUGUGCCAGAAGAUCGACCUUCGGGGUUGCCAGAAAGUCCCACAGCAUCUUCACCGGUCUCGGAAGCCCCUCGCAGGCGGAUAGAAGGACUACAUCCCGAAGGCAAGCCAAAACCGGCUCCUCCCAACCGGUUGGUUUCGACCGUUUCCUCGAUCGGCGGGCUAUCCAUGACCUCAACCAAGCCAGUUGCUCAUCCAUCACCGCUGCAUGCGGUCACGAGCUCGAUACCCACCAUCGUCUCUCCUGGCGAAAGUUCGACUAGCGAAACCAGUCAACCGUCUCGGUCUCAAAGCAGAGCUCAUUCACGGUCACCGACAAAGAUGGAGCCUCAGCACGAAUCUCAAGCCGCUUCGACACAGGUCGAGCCCGUCAGUCCCAUCACGUCGCGGCGACGGCAGUCUCAACGGUUAUCGUCAUUGGCAGGACGAGCAUCCCAACCCUUUGCGUUCCCAGCGGCACUACCUCCUUCACACCCUACCAACCGAAAGCCGGCGACCGGUUUGCUGAGUGCCUUUUCUCCGUUCACCUCGACGAAUGGCGCUGGCAGCAAAGGCGAGUCCAGACCAGCAAUGUCACGAGAACCGACGGCACAGCCUUUGCUCUCUGUUCCGCACUAUUUGCAAACUUCCGAUCGCUCGGAUUCGAUGAUAUCGAUCGCGCCUAGCACGAGAGCGCCGAGCGAGCCAGCGACGCCUCUGGGAGAAACUGCAGGCGGUAUGGGAGGGCAUGGGAUCAAUGACUAUGUCAUUGUGAGCGAGGCAGGUAAGGGCGCGUAUGGGUUGGUCAAGCGAGCUCGUCAGAAGGGCUGGGAUGGUGAACCGAUGGGGGACGAAGUGAUUAUCAAGUAUAUCAUCAAGAGCCGGAUCCUGGCCGAUUGCUGGAAGAAACACAAAAUCCUUGGACCUAUCCCGAUCGAGAUCCAUGUUAUGGAUCAACUCAGAAAUGUCCCCUUCAAGCGUCCACCUCAGGCGUAUCCCUGGGAUCCGCUUCGGGGCCAAACGCAACCAUCGAACGUCGUCGAAGAAGACUACUUCAGCUCCGCUAGUACUACCGCCACGCCGAAUUCCGACACUGGCGAGACGACACCCACAGCCAGGACAGGAGCUGUGCCAGGCUCGUCGGUCGUCAUCCUGUCACCCGAAACUCGGCCGUUGACGGAAGGCAAUCUAUCCAGCCUCGUCGGUGGAGACGUCAACCCGCUCGAAUGGCAUGCGAAGAUUAGCGCGGAGACGGUCAAGAAUCGUGGUCAUCCCAACAUCUGCAAGAUGCUCGACUUUUUCGAAGAUCGAGAGUUUUAUUACCUUGUCAUGCCACGAUUUGGAGUCGGUCUUGAUCUGUUCGACCGGGUGGAAAGCGCACCGGACGGCUUACCGGCGUUUGAGAUCCGUUCACUGCUGGGCCAACUCUCGGACGCUUUACGAUUCUUGCACGCCAACGGGGUUGUCCAUCGGGACAUCAAGGACGAAAACGUCGUCCUCGACGGGCAAGGUCAUUGUCAGCUGAUCGACUUUGGGAGCGCUGCUCAUUGGCGUCCGGGUAGGAAGUGGGACACGUUCUCGGGAACCCUGGACUACGCUUCGCCAGAGAUCUUGCGGGGCGAGAUGUAUUCGGGCAAGGAGCAGGACGUCUGGGCUCUCGGAGUCGUAGGCUACGUCUUGAUCUGCGGCGAGACGCCCUUCCUGAGCGCCGACGAAGCUCAAGCCGGUCUCGGUGUGGACUCUAAACCGUACGCGGCCUUGAUGCGGCGGUGCAGCGGACCGAGAGGACAAGAGGGGCUCGAAGCGGAUGGAGGAGGCAAGAUGAAACAUGCGUACGACUUUGUACAGAGGUGUCUGGAGAUGAAGCCCGAGGACCGUCCUCCGGCGGAAGCGUUGGUCAAGCAUCGGUUCGUGCUCGGUCGGGGUGGCUGGGUGGGACAUCGCAACUGGAUUCAGGAAGGACAGGCUUGAGCAGGUGUCUAAUAUGGUACGGCGCAGCGGAGAGUGUAUGCACAAUCGCAAGCGCAAGCGACCGUAGGUUGUUGCCUGCCGGAUUGUAGAUUCACGUACAAACAAUGUCUAAACGCACAUGAAGCAAUUCGAGCAGAG